CGACUAGAAUCGAAAGCAAGUCUACAUUCUGGUCUGCAGGUGUAGUCAAAAUCAGAGGAAGAUCAAACUCACCAAGUGAACAUGAACAAUCGAAAGUUUAAACCAAAACCUGGAGAUUUGAUUGAAAUACGUCGAAGUCUGUUUACACACUGGGCCCUCUACAUUGGACAUGGAGACGUCGUACAUUUAACUUCAGAUGGUGCAAGUGGAGAUACUAGGUUGGAAGGGAUUGGUGUGAUUAAGAGGCAGCCUCUCGACGAGGUGGCUGACUAUGAUUCCUGGAAAGUCAACAAUGGAUCAGAUGGAAUAUGGAAUCCAUUACCCGUUGACAAGAUAAUCAAAAAGGCUAAAGAAAAGAUUGGAUGCAGUGUGCGUUACAAUGUACUAAAUGCAAACUGUGAACACUUUGUUAAUUCACUUCGGUAUGAUAUACCGAUAUCAUUUCAGUUUAAACCAAAACCUGGAGAUUUGAUUGAAAUACGUCGAAGUCUGUUUACACACUGGGCCCUCUACAUGGGAGAUGGAGACGUCGUACAUUUAUAUAUUGAUGGUGCAAGUGGAGAUACUAGGUUGGAAGGGAUUGGUGUGAUUAAGAGGCAGCCUCUCGACGAGGUGGCUGACUAUGAUUCCUGGAAAGUCAACAAUGGAUCAGAUGGAAUAUGGAAUCCAUUACCCGUUGACAAGAUAAUCAAAAAGGCUAAAGAAAAGAUUGGAUGCAGUGUGCGUUACAAUGCACUAAAUGCAAACUGUGAACACUUUGUUAAUUCACUUCGGUAUGGUAUACAGAUAUCAUUUCAGGUUAUUACAGGAAUCGGAUUACUUGGUGCAGCGGCCUUCCUCAGUCCUGCUGCUGCUGCUGUUGCUGUUGGUGCCGCCUGGCUUUUCAAUGUUUUUCCUGGUUUGAACCCAACACUGAAAAGCAAAUCAGUGAAAAGCACAUCAGAGAAUGGCACAUCAGUGAAUAGCACAAAACAAACUUAGAGUGUGCUGAGUUGUUAUUAAAGCAUUAAUCAACCCCAUUGAUUGAGUCGAUGCACCACCAGCAUUGGCUGCCUCGCCAACAGUCUGUCUGUCCUUUCUACUCUUUUUAUUAAUUUUAAGUAAGUGUUAAAAGAAUGUUUUAGAGUUUCUCGGUUUGUUUGAUGUGGGGGAUGGAGAGAAUCGGGGGAAACUUUUUUCAAUCUCUUACCGCGACAGAGAUGCGAUUUUUCACGGAAUCGUAUCUCCGUCGCCUCUGCGGCCUAACAUCGAGGAGUUGGCGGUCUUUCCUGGAGAACGGCCCGGCGCUCAUGCCGCGGGCGCUGUGCGGACUUCAACAUCGCGGAGCUGCGAUCCUUUUCCAAGGAUCGACUGUGGACAGCUCCAACCGCGGGGCCUGUGGACUUUAACAUUGUGAAGCCAGCGGUCUCUGGUAAGAAGAGGCCGACUCGGGAGCUCCAUGUCACGGAGAGAGUUUCAAACGUCCCGACGCGGGAGUUCCGAUCAUCCCGAUGCGAGGGCCUCGGACAGUCAGUAGCGGUGACUGCGGAGGGUUCAACAACCCCGACCGCGUUGAACAAAGAGGAAGAUAAUUGAACUUCAUUACCUUCCAUCACAGUGGAAUCUGCUGUGGUGCAUGUUUAUGUUACAUUUUAUUUUAUGUGGCAGGGUGCCUUGUUGCUUUUCACUUCGUAUGGCUGUAUGGGAACUCAAAUUUCACUGUACCUUAAUUGGUUCAUGUGACAAUAAAUUAAUCUUGAAAUCUUGUA